UUUAGACAGGACGAAGAACUGUUAUAGAUCCGGCUGAAGUCAUGGAAGUCUGGCGGUGAGUGCUGUCCUGUGUUACUAGGGAACUGUUUGGGAGACCUGGAGCGACACUAGGAAGUGUGUCUGUGAAAUGUUUUGGGGCAACCGUCUUGUUCGGGCCUCUUGGUAAAGAAUGCAGUCUGAAGGACAUUAUUAUCUGGUGACACUCCACAUGGGCAAAUUUCACUGGUUCCAAUUUUAAGCUUCCGGAACUUAUAACUUAUGUUAUCUCAUUCUGUUGUGUCCGGUUCUGAGACAUAAGAUUUAGGGCCUACACGUUGAUCUUGUCGGGAUAGUUUAUAGCAGGCGUCAUCUUGUGAUUCGGGGUUAUGUCAAAAUAAGCAAUCAUCACGUAAUUGGGUCACAGUUUCAAGGAUGGAUCCAGCCGAACAAAGUGGAGGCGACUUUUAUGAACUUUUUGAUGGAUUAGAUGGAGUUGCCUUUCUAACAAAAUUAUUUGGCAUUAUUUUAACUGAUGCUAUUCAAAAAGGAACUCAAAAAGAUGCAAAGGUAGUUGAGUUUUUACAUCCUGCUGAUCUGGCUCAAUGCAUUGACUUGAAAUUAUCCUUAGAACCCACUUGUGACAAGACUUUGUUGAACUUAUGUGAGAAAAUUAUACAUUAUAGUGUUCGAACUGGUCAUCCACAUUUUUUCAAUCAGCUGUAUGGUGGGAUAGAUCUUCAUGCAUUAUCUGGAGCUUGGUUGUCUGACGCUCUUAACACUAGUCAAUAUACAUAUGAAGUGGCACCAGUUUUUACUUUGAUGGAAAAAGUAGUAAUAGAGGAAGUGAAAGGUCUGAUUGGUUUCCAAACUGGGGAUGGCCUGUUUUGUCCAGGUGGCUCAUUGUCUAACAUGUAUGCUCUCAAUUUGGCCAGACAUAAGAUGUUUCCUGAUGUGAAGUUAACAGGGCUUUCUGCUCUUCCUACAAUGUGUGUUAUGACAUCAGAAAAAGGCCAUUAUUCAAUUAAGAAAGGAGCAGCCUUCAUGGGGCUAGGGAUGAAUAAUGUCAUCACUGUCAAAACAGAUGAACGAGGUAGAAUGAUCCCAGAAGAAUUAGACAAAGCUAUUGUGAAAGCUAAAUCUGAGAAUCGAAUACCCAUAAUGGUCAAUGCUACUGCUGGUACCACAGUGUUAGGUGCUUUUGAUCCUCUUCAUGCUAUAGCAGAUAUAUGUCAGAAGCAUGCACUGUGGAUGCAUGUUGACGGAGCCUGGGGGGCAAGUCUGCUGCUGUCCAAGAAUUUAAGGCACAAGCUUCAUGGAAUUGAAAAGGCUGAUUCAGUUUCUUGGAAUCCCCACAAGAUGUUGUGUGUUCCACUACAAGCCUCCCUAUUUGUUACUAGACACAAGGAUCUACUGUGUGAGUGUCACAGUUUCAAAGCCAAAUAUCUUUUCCAGCAAGACAAAUUCUAUGAUGUGAGCUUUGACACUGGAGACAAGUCCUUGCAGUGUGGCAGGAAAGUGGAUGUCCUCAAACUGUGGCUCAUGUGGAAGGCAAAGGGAACAAAGAAAUUGGCUGCUGAGAUUGAGCACUUGUUAGAGUGUGCUAGUUAUUUGACACAGAAGAUUGCCAAUACAGAAGGAUUUUCACUGGUUCUCAAAGAGCCUGAGUGUACUAAUGUCUGCUUUUGGUACAUUCCACCAAGUUUAAGGUCAUGUGAACAAAAUGAAGAGUGGUGGAAUAAACUUUCCAAUGUGGCCCCUGUAGUAAAGCAGAGAAUGACAGAACAAGGAACUCUGAUGAUAGGCUACCAGCCUGAUGGUGAUCUUGUCAAUUUCUUUCGUAUGGUUCUAGUCAAUCCCAAUAUUACAAAUUCAGACAUGGACUUUGUUGUCAAUGAAAUUAUUCGGCUUGGAUGUGACCUUUAAGUGGGUCUGCUAUUUACAUUUUAGACCCAUACAGUCUUUCAUUGUUCUGUGAAACACAACUGGGAUCACUUUAGUCAUACUAUUGUAGUCAUUAAUUCCUAUUCAACAAAUGUGUAGAAAAUGUUCAAUUUUAAUCUAAUUUUUACAAAGCUUAUAUCAACUCACUCUCUUUGUCUGGUAAAAGUUUUGUACAGGUUAUUUCUCCCACAUCCAAUCUCGGAUCAAGCUGAAAAGUGUGCAAUUAUUGCUUUUAUCUGGCAACACAAGACUCAGUACAAAAAUUAGUUACACAGAGCUAUUGGUAAUUAAUUAUUUUGUUUGGUAUCUCUAACAACUAUGAGAAAUAGUACUUUACUAAAGUGGUGGUAUAAGCUGAAUUAGUCCUCUUUAUAAUAGGUCGUCAUCUGAGGCUUAGUGAACACAAACAUGAAAUAAAAACAAUAGAUAACUAUACAAUCUUUCAUGUUCAUACGCUCUUCACUAGCAGAGUGGUUACCGUGUUGGCUUGAGAAAGCGUUAGCCCAUAAGUUCGAAUUCAAGUCAUUCAAUUUUAUUAAAUAAAUACAUAAAAAAAAACUAUUACCCAAAUACCCUUUUCUUUUUCCCCCACCCCUUUCUAACUGGCAGACAGAAGAUUGCCAAGACAGAAGGAUUUUCACUGCUUCUCAAAGAGGUUAGUUUUAUUGUUUCAUUUCACCUGAAAGACAUACCAUACUACUCAACAACCUAGGCCGACAGAGGAUUAUAGCGUAUUGCGAAAGCUAGAAGCAUGAAAUUGCGCUUAACAAAAACAAUUGGUAAAAAUAUUUCUAAUUGCACAGAUUUAUUAUUGUUAUUCUAGAUCUAUUACAAAUUUUAUUACAAACUAAAAUUUAUACACUUAAUAUAAGCUUGUGUUUUGUUUUUUUUUAAAUAUUUUUAAAUAUUUUGCUUGUUACUGAACUUUGAAUUACAUGACACUGGCAAUAUAUUUUCAUGUACUCUUGAACCUGUUAUCCUCAUGUUCAUAAGUCUAAAAAAAUGUGAGAAACUGUUGCCACAUUUGUAAAAAUGUUUACUCUUGCACAUUCCAUGUACAGCACCUCAUAUGUACUAGCUUUACUGACUGGCUAGUGUUACGUCUUGUUAUAUGAUGAGACUCUUUUUAACGAUAUACCAACACAAAAUGGCAAUGUCAUAGUUUGUAAAUAAUUUAAUCUUCAUCAACACUAUUUUGUUUCUGUUCCGCCAUUUUGGUUCUUUCCUUCUUUCAACAUGCAUUCGCACCAUUUCACAUUUACACUAGGAUGUAACAGCUAGGCACAAUGAUUUUUUGCCUCAUUUAUUACAUUAUACUCUUCUUUAAUAAUUUGAAGCUGUCACCAAACCAAGGUGGACAUAAUCAAAGCCUAAAUUUAACAGUCCUUUAUACUUGUGCAUUAAUUUCCUAAUUCCUGCACACACACAGACAAUACAAUUCUCAAAUUCUGUAUCUGGGUGAAGAUCUAGCUCUUAUAAAAUUCCCUAUCACAUGUAGUACACAUUUAUACAGCUAUUUGUUAAGUUUUGUUUUGUGCUAUUCAACAUUUAGUUGUUUUGUAAAUAUAUGAGACCAAACUGAAUAAAGAAUUGGUAAAAUAA